CGACAGAGUGACGGCCGCAUGUCAAAGCCGAGAAUCCAGGCUGGCAAACUACCGAAAACUCAGCUGUGACGUCACAGAGGGGGCGGAGCGUCAGGCCCCGCCUACCGGCACCCCUGCACCCCGCGUCUAAAGACGGCCUUCCCAACGUGUGAUAUACGGCCGACUAAACAGUUUGAACUGUCCCGCAAUACAGACGCUACGGUGGUCCGAAUGUGAGACAAUUUCAACGAAAAUACCUCAAAUAUCACCUCUACAACCUACUGCCCCUCCAAAACUAUAUGAGAUAUUGAAGAUGAUUAACGUUUCUUGUCGUCAUUCAAUGUGAGGAACAGAUACCACGUUUCCCUGUUAUAGAAGAUGUGGAGCUGGUUCAUUUGAUGCAGCCUGCUAAGAACAAGUUUAUCGUUCUCUAUCCAACGUGGUGUUUGUGAACUGUCAAUUGGUUUUGAAGGGUGCGAGUUGAACUCCACACAGAUAACAUGAACUAUUCGGAAGACGAUGAGGACGACGAUAUCCAUUUCUGCCUCCGAUGUCGACGAACAAUCCUGGGUCUUGCUGCAUACGUGGAACAUCGAUCUCGAAAAAACUGUUACCUCCAACCGGAAUCCAACUCAGAAAGCAGCGCUCUAAUACCAGUAGCAAGUACUAGUGACAAUGAUAGCCUCAAACAUCUUAUAAGUAUUUCAAAGAAUGCAGGAAACUUAGUGACCACCCCGAGUUCCCCUGAUAUACUCACUAGUGACGUGGACCCUUGUCUCAAGGCAGACGACUUUUUCUCGUUGCUUGAGUUGCAGAGCAGUGCAAAGACUGGUGGCUCCUCGUGUCCUACGGCCGCCUCUGUCGAUGUCUCCUCCAAACAUCAUCACAAGAAUUUGGGUGUCGGAGUAGUCACGAGAAGCAAGAGGAGGAGAGUGGAAAAGAGGGAGAAGGAUACGUGUGAUAGCUUGCAGAAGAAAGUGGUGGUGAAGAGAGGGAGGAAGGGGAGGGGGAGGUAUGGUAAAGGGAGAGAGAAGAAAAGGAAUAAGAAGAAGGGAGUAAUUGUUGGUAGGUUGGGUGAUGUAGAGGAUACUACGAAUACAUCUAGAGGUGGAGUAGAUGAAUGCUUUGUAGAAAAUCAGAGUUCUCAAAUUUCAUCGGGAGGUAGAGUAGUAAAUCAACCUGAACGAAUUACAUCAAGAACUGGGAAAAUUACUGGCUUCAAGGAAAAUCAAACCAUUCAAAAUGCAUCAAGGAUUAUUAGUGAUAAUACUAGUUUUGUAGAAAAGAGAGCUUCUCAGAAUACAUCAAGUGGCGGAGUGAAUAAUAGUUUUGUCGAACAACAAAGCUAUCAAAAUGCAUCAGGAGUUGGUGUGAAUUCUUUCGUAGAGAAUCAAACCACUCAAAAUAAAUUAAGAGGUGUAAUAAAUACUAGUUUGGUAGAAAACCAAGUGGAUCAUAUUGAUGAAGUAAUAGGAAGUGCGGAAAAUACACAGGAAACCCCUGUUAUUAAUGAGGAUUUGGACAAAAAUAGUGACAAAGUUUUCCCAGAACUUUUUUCCGAUUUUCCUACAACUGACACAACAUUUUCGUUCUCGAGUUUGGCUCCCAUUGAAGAAGUGAUACCUUUCACUUGUGCCAAAUCAGAGAUUGGAGAUUUUGAUGAUGUGGUUGAGGAGGAGGUAGGAGGAGGAGAUGAAGAUGAAGAGGAGGAGGAGGAUGAUGAGGAGGAGGACGAGGUGUAUGCAGGGCGUAGGUCAUACGGAGGCAAAUGGAAGCCGGGAAGCAGCCCGUCAGUGCACCAGCAGAGGAGUCUGAGCCUGGCGUCAGUGUCGUGGACUGACCAGGAGGCGAACAGCUCGUUGUCAUCUGCCGUUGGAAACGCUUGCAAGCAGCAACCGUCUACGUCUAGUGAUCAUGGGGGUAGACCAGCUGUUGCUCAGAGCAUGCCACCGCCGGGCCACUCACGGGGCAAGUGGCUGCCUUCAUCCAGCACGGGCAACAGAGUGGCCCACUGGUGUGGGGUCUGCAAUCGGCGCCUCUCGUCACGUGGUCUGUAUGAGCGACAUCUCAUGUCGCCCCUGCAUGCUCGCCGCACCAGGCAUGAACGGCAGCUCGAUGAGGACUAUCUACAGCAUAGGUCUGCUCAAAUAGGAGGAGAUGCUAGCCGGAGACCUCGACGGUUGCCCAGGAAACUGCAGGAGGCCAUUGCUGGGAGGAUGGUGGUUAGAGGAGGCAAGGCGUCCGUUAGAAAGACGGUCAACAAACCGCGUGGCAAGACGAUUCCGUGCGAGGUGUGCGAUCUGGCAGUGGCACGCCACCAGAUUGGCAAACACCUGGUGUCCCGUUUCCACUUGCGGCGCGCCGCAUCUAAGCCGCAGGCCGCACGCCGCAUGACGCAGGCGCAUGCCAUCGCAGUGGCACGUGAGGCGCCCUUCCGCUGUGGCGUGUGUCGCUUCUACUGCAACACAGAGGAUAGCUUCAUGUUCCACUGGACAUCGCAGGCUCAUAGGCAAAGGGAUUCUCAGGUACCGGGUCGCUACUGGUGCGGCUUAUGCAAGCAUUUCAAAGACACGAGCGACCAGAUGCAAGCGCACCUGAUCAGCGACCAACACAAAGAGUUGGUGUCAGUGAUUAACCGGUCGUUCCCGAUCGAGAUCCAAAAGUUGGUGUCGCUUCGGUGUGUCGCACCAGGCUGCGACCGGAGGUUCCGGUACAACUCGCAGCUACGCAUACACGCGCGCACUUCCGGUCACGUGCAGAGCAGCGGAAGUGCGUCCGAUGCCUAUCAACAGCGCCUCAAAUGCCUACGGUGCAGUUUUGUUGCCAACUCGGAGAGGCGGCUGCAGAAGCAUAUGGUUGUAAGACACAAGACCAAUAAUUUCUUCUGCUCGUACUGUAAGAUGAAGUUUGUAAGCAAGGAGGAAGCCGUGCUGCAUCGCCGGAGUGAAGCACACCGCUACCUGGUUCUGCGCAUGCGCAAAGCACCCCAUCAGCUGACCAGGCCCUGUCAACACUGUGCACAGAUAUUGCCUGAUGUGUUGGCCUUAAAAGAACACUUGUCUCAGAUGCAUCCUGAUAAGACACACAGAUGUGUGAAAUGCGGACAAGCCUUCACUCUGAAGCAAGAACUGUCGCGUCAUGUGAGGUCCACCUGUCAGGGUCUGCCCGAGAAAGCAGCCACUGAUGAUGUCACGACCCGUUCCACUGAUGACGUCACGGCACCCUUCACUGAUGACGUCAAUGGCUGCUCCACACCAGGGGCAAGUUGUAUCAAAUGCAAGUUCAGUUCAAACUCGGAAUCGGAACUGUUGUAUCACACUGCACUGCAUGGUGAUCCGGUGCUGUCGGAAAAGUCUGCCAAGGAUGGUACGAAAACCCAAGUGGCCAAGUUCGCGUGCCCCACUUGUUCACGUUUUAUCCGUAAAGACUGCCUGCUCAAGCACAUAAAAACGCACACGGGCGAGAAGUGUCACACGUGCGACACGUGUGGGGCAGCCUUCGCACGUGCCGAUGUCUUGGCCAAGCAUUGCCGUUCCAUGCACAGCACCACUCUGCGUUGUGACCAAUGUGACGUCAUCUGUUCCAAUGCGUUUUCGCUGAAGAGACAUUUGCUGAGUCACGACCCGCUCAGGGAGAAGAGCCACCACUGUGCUGAGUGUGGACUCGCCUUCUAUGAUAAGUCAGAUCUAAAGCAGCACCUUCAAAUACACUCAGGGAAGACGAUUGAGUGCCACUUUGCCGAUUGUGUGUUCACUUGUAGAUCAGUUGGUGAGCUCAGCAAUCACCUGAGGACACACUCUGAUUUGAGGCUUUUCAGGUGCGAGCAGUGUGACUAUUCAGCUAAAACCAAACAACAGUUGUCUAGACACGCGAAGACGCAUAACAUUGGUGAGAGUAAGGAGUUACAGUGUUCCGAAUGCCAAUUCAAAACUAAAAAUGCUACACAUUUGAAGAGACAUGCAAUCCUCCACAGUGGUACAAAACCGUAUCAAUGCCCUCACUGUUCUUAUACGUGUUCUCUGCAAGAAAACCUAAGAAAACACGUCCUUUCAACGAAGAAGCACGUCGGAAAAUUCCUGUACUCAUGUCAGGAAAUAGGGUGCAGUUAUGAUAGCAACUCUGCUAAAGAUUUUCGAGUUCACCUUGUGCAAGUGCAUGGACAGAAAGCAAGCACUGCCUCAGCCUACAUCACUAGUCUCCAUAGAUAUAGUGGCGAUGCAGCUAUGAAAGAAUCAGCUUCUACCAAUAGUGGCAACACCCCGACUGACACCCUCUUCUCACAAGUGUCGUCAGCAGCCUCCCCUUCCGGCACAAUUCUCAGUCCACUGCUGGGAUCAGCCGUCUCCAUCCCUCUCAACGACGACCCCGUCAUCCAGGUGACCUCCGAACCACCGACAUCGUCCGACGACAUCAUCUUCAUCCAACUGCCGUCCUCGGACUCCGCCUACGAUGUUCCCUUCUUUUCGCCCAGCGAGCAUCAGCUAUUCUUCGAAACUUUGCCGAGUUCUUCGACUGCGCAUGCGCAGAGUGUUCAACAGGAGUUUGUCAUCAUUGACGAGACGGCUACUAUUGAAUUGGUGUCCGAAGAUCAAUUAACAAACUCCGAGAACUGUUAAGGAGAUUGCAUUGAUGUUGAAGGCAUCAGUUGAUGGAGGAAAUCAGAACUUUUCGUUGAAAUUGCUGAAAUUGAUUGGUAUUGUCAACAAACCCAAUCAGUGAAAUUUCAAAGGGUUUUGAGUAUACUAUUGCCAUUUAGUAUUUCUUCCAUGGUGAGGUGAGUUUAAGUAUGGUAUUGACAUUGAAUCUAGGCUCGUAUUCGAAAAGAUACGACUUUAGAACUUAGUUCUCACCUUGAACUUUUCUAACUUAGUUCUCACCUGGAUCUUAACUAAGUUCAAACUUGAAUUAUUUUCGAAUACGGACCUUGAUUGAUUUCUAUCGUCAUUUUAAUGUGAAAGUUUUGAUAGACAGUAAGUUUUUAAGCUUUUGAGGAGUAAGUAGUUGGUCACCUCAGUAAAUUUUUCAGAUAUUUGAUUGUUUUAAAUAAUUCAUUUUAUCAAUUUUUUGCUGAGGGUGAUGCCCACAUGAGCUUCUGCGUAGGCAAUGAGGCGGAUAAUAAUGAGAGAUGAAUGUACCUACAGCUUUAGGUGUGGUCCGAACCACCGGGCAGCGAUUUUACAACUCAUGAUAUUCAGAGGAGUUGGCUCAAGCAGUUGAUCAGAACAUAGUUUCUCUUUUCAUGUGUGCUCCUUUCAUAUUUGCAAAGGGUCACAUAAUUAUCUAAGAAUACUUUUAACGACCGUAAUCAAAAUCUUCCUAUAGAAUGGCACAGAAAUUCUUCAUUUUAUCUGUAUUUACAAUCUUUAAAACUACUCGAGAUUUUGUUACACUGUAUUGUAUGGAUCUCGGAAAUAGUAUUUCUUGGCAUUAAUUGUUCAUUUCAUGAACUUGACUAGAAUCAUUGUUGAAGACUAAUUAAAUAUGGCUGUGACUUGAUUUAAUUCAAAACAUUAUGUAGUAAAGUAUUAUAAUGUUUAUAUUAGCUAGCUAAUCAGUUGAUUUUUUGAGUAGCUAGUUGUUUCUUUACAGUGUGCUAAUUUAAUACCUUAUAUUCGAUAAUAAGAUGAAUUUGUAAUCGUUGAAAUAUAUCUUUUGCAUACAAA